AUGGCACCGCUGGAAGUCCUCAUAGUAGGCUGUUCCAUAGCAGGCCCUGCCCUCGCAACCUUCCUCCUCCUCCCCUCACUGCCCGCGUCGCAGAAACCACGUGUAACCAUCCUGGAGAGAUCCGCAGCGCUACGCACAGACGGCCAGAAUGUUGACGUCCGCGGCACCGGCGUCACCCUCAUCCGUCAUCUGGGGCUCGAGAGCGCGGUGAGGGCGUCGACCACCGGCGAAGAGGGCGUGCAGCUCGUCGACGGCGAUAACGUGGUUUGGGCGCAGUCUGCGGCGGACAAGACGGGGAGGUAUCAGACGCCGACGAGCAAUAUCGAGAUUCUGAGGGGUCGCCUUUCGGAGCUGCUGUGGAAGAGGAGUAAAAGCGUUAGUGAGGAGGUUGCGAGGAAUGGUGGGAAAGGGGUUGAGUACGUGUUUGGGGAUUACCUCGACGACAUCGAGCAGGUAGGAGAUAAGGUCAAGGUGCACUUCGCCAAGGGCGGGCAGCACCGCAGUUUUGACCUGGUGGUCGGCGCAGACGGGCUUCAGAGCCGGACACGGAGCAUGGUCUGGGGCAGUGACGGGGAGAAGGACAGGGUGAAGAGACUCGGGAUGUACGGGGCAUUCUUCAGCAUGCCAAGCGGCAAGACUGACACCCAGUGGCGCCGCUGGUUCCAUGCACCAGGAAGGAGAGGGAUCAUGACGCGACCGGACGAGCAGAGGGACAAGACAACUGUGUUCAUGCACGUCAUCAAUGAUCAGGACGAGAGGCUACCCAGCCUGGCUGGGAAACGAGACGCAGUUCAGGCGCAAAAGGACAUUAUGGCAGAGUACUUCCAUGACGCUGGAUGGGAGUCUGAGAGGGUCAUCAAGAACAUGAUGGCGACGAGAGACUUCUACUACGACAUGGUUGGACAGGUCAAGAUGGACGAGUGGAGCAAGGGCAGGGUUGUACUUGUGGGCGAUGCAGGGUAUUGCGCCUCGCCCAUCUCAGGAAUGGGCACAACGCUCGCCCUAACCGGGGCGUACGAUCUUGCUGGCGCCAUACUACAACACCCGCAAGACCUCGACGCGGCUUUCGCACAGUAUCAGGUGGCAAUGCGUCCGCUUGUAGACCGUGCCCAGAAGUUGGCACCCGGCAUGCCUCGUCUCGUCAACCCGGAAACUGCAUGGGGCGUCUCGGUGUUGCUCUGGGUCUCGUAUCUCUUCUGUGCCUCGAGGCUCCAUCUACUGGCUUUCGCACUUGGCCUUGGGCCGCCGGCGGAUGCGGUACCCGUGGCAGAUUAUGGGCUCAGGAAAUUAGAAGACUCCCGCUUUUCAUGA